CAUUCCAAUAUACUACAUUGGUUCAACAUAUGACCAAGUCAAAUACUCACCUCCUGCGACGCCAAUAAAAAUAAUUUAAUUUAUUGAACUAUCAAAGAGAUUGGAGCAAUGGAGGCCAAAGCAGAUUCGCCAGCAACAACAACGAAUCCGACUCCAUCGGCCGAGGCAGCCAAAGAAACCAGUACUACCGGUGUCGCUGCCACUGCCAAUAGCAAUGCACAAACGCCAGCAACUUCGGCGCCAACAGCAGCAACAACAGCCCCGGCACCAGCAUCAACCAAUAAUUCCAGUUCCAGUACAGGAGCAGCAGCAACAGCUGCACCAGCAUCGGCUACAACAGCAAGCACCGCACAGCAGCCCCUGCCGGCCAAAAAGCCAAGCGCGCCAACAGCAACGCGUGCGGAUCCCAGUGCUCUGCCAACACGCCAAUAUCUCGACCAGACAGUUGCGCCCGUCUUGCUGCAUGGCUUGCAGGCAUUGGCACGCGAACGGCCCACAGACCCCAUACAAUUUCUAGCCUCGUACUUGCUGAAGCACAGCAACGGCUGCGAAGAGCCCGUGGCCACCGAAGCCAGCACUUAGAUGUAGUUUCUCGUCUUUGUUCCCAACGUUUGCCCCGUUGCCCUAGCUUUGUAAGUGAAAGUCCCUAAUAAAUGUUUAAAAUUACAAAUACAAAUAUAAUAAUAAA